AUGGAUCAAUCCUUGAAAAGCCUUCUUCUGCCAAUUCUUGUCCUGAUGCUAAUGGCAAUAGCAGAGGCAAAUCCUCUUACGGUUUCACGAGUGUCUGAAACACCUGAAACACCAAAAUCUCCUGAAACACCAAAAACGUCUGAAACAUCAGAAACCCCAAAAACACCUGAAACGCCAAAAACGUCUGAAACCUCAAAAUCGCCUAAAACACCUGAGACGCCAAAAACGCCUGAAACACCAAAAUCACCUGAAACACCAGAAACACCAAAAUCGCCCGAAACUCCAAAAACGCCUGAAAUAUCAGAAACACCAAAAACACCUGAAACGCCAAAAACAAACACCAAAAUCGCCCGAAACACCAAAAACGCCAUUCUCUCCUCCCCAUCACCUCCAUCAUUUUCUCCUCCACCUCCAACUACUUCAACUCCGCCUCCAUCACCUCCCACUUCAACAACUCCCACACCUCCAACUACUUCAACUCCACCCCCUUCGACGACUCCACCAUUACCACCAUCACCACCUUCUCCAGAAUCGCCUCCUAGUACCGCCCCAUCUUCACUACCAGCUCCUGCUCCAAGUACUCCCACCCCUCCAACUACUUCCACUCCACCUCCCUCGAAUCCAAAUCCUCCACCAUCUUCACCUUCUCCAACUACUUCCACUCCACCUCCCUCCAAUCCAAAUCCUCCACCAUCUUCACCUUCUCCAUCGCCACCUAGUACUACUCCACCACCACCCACGCUUUCUCCAACACCUCCUAGCACUACCCCAUCUUCUCCAUCUCCACCACCACCAUCUCCUCAUUCCCCUUCACCUCCAUCUACUCCUACUACAACUCCUCCUCCUCCAUAUCCUACCCCAUCUCCACCUAGUUCCACUCCUCCUCCGUCACCUCCUUCUACCUCUCCAAAGACUGUCAGAUGCAAGAACAAGAAUUACCCUCAGUGCUACGAUAUGGAGCAAGUUUGUCCCAGCUCAUGCCCUGAUGGAUGUGAGGUUGAUUGUGUCACUUGCAAACCUCUUUGCAGGUGUGAUAGGCCAGGGGCAGUCUGCCAAGAUCCUCGUUUCAUAGGCGGCGAUGGCAUAACCUUCUACUUCCACGGCAAGAAAGAUCGCGACUUUUGCCUUGUAUCCGACUCCAACCUCCAUAUCAACGCCCACUUCAUCGGCAGGCGAAACCAGAACAUGAAGAGGGACUUCACUUGGGUCCAGUCAAUUGGAAUCCUCUUCAGCAAACACCAACUUCUCAUCGGCGCACAGAAAACCGCCGCAUGGGACGACUCCGUCAACUGCCUUGCCCUCGCCUUCGACGGCGAGCCUAUCACCCUCCCAGAAUCCGAAGCCGCAAGGUGGCAGUCCUCAAGCUCUCCAAGUGUGCUCAUCAUCAGGCUUGCUAACUCAAACAGUGUCAAAGUUGAAGUUGAAGGAAGCUUGAGGAUCACAGCCAAGGUUGUGCAUAUAACCGAAGAGGAUUCUAGGAUUCACAACUAUGGUAUAACGAGAGAAGAUUCCUUCGCUCAUCUCGACCUUGGGUUCAAGUUCUUCGCUUUGAGCAACGAAGUGAGCGGUGUGUUGGGAAAAACAUACCGACCAGACUACGUGAGUCGUGUUAACGUUGGCGCAAACAUGCCUGUAAUGGGAGGGGACAAGGAUUUCGAAACAUCAAGCCUGUUUGCCACGGACUGCGCUGUUGCUCGGUUUGAUGGGUCUGAUGGUGGAGCAGCAUAUUUGGAUGGUCUGGAGUUGAGCUGUGCAAGUGGUAUUGAAGGGCAAGGAGUUGUAUGCAAGAGAUAGGCUUUUCUUCGUUCGUUCUGUUUAACUUCAAAUUGUUAUGAAUAAAACUGUAACCCACUGGAGAGGAAUGACACUUCCCAGUGCAGGCUGUGCAGCAUAUAUGUUACUAUCUUGUUUCUUCGUAUUCAUAUAAAGCAAAUAAAAACACU